AUGUCCUCUUGCAACAACUCCAUUCCUCAACCCUUGACAUUUGUCCUGGCUGGAAUUCCUGGCUUGGAAUCUUCCCAUGGCUGGUUCUCUGUGCCUUUUUUCUUGGUAUUUGUCAUUACAAUGAUUGGGAAUGCCGCCAUCUUAUGCAUCAUCUGGGUGGAGAAGAGUCUUCAUGAGCCCGUGUUUCUCCUCCUGGCCAUGCUGUCUGUUGUUGACCUGUCCCUGGUCAGUGUCACUGUGCCCCGCAUGCUAGGGAUCUUCUGGAUGAAUGCCAAAGACAUCAGCUUUAAUGCCUGCCUCGCACAGAUGUUUUUCAUCCCUUCAUUUUAUGUCAUGGAGUCUGGGAUCCUCCUAGCCAUGGCUUUUGACAGAUUUGUGGCUAUCUGGUACCCUCUGAGAUAUACGACCAUCCUUGCUAACAACAUACUUGUGAAGAUGGCCCUGGCUGUCCUGACAAGGGCAGUGGCAGUGCUGACUCCAGCACCCAUCCUGGCAAAAAGACUGGAAAGCUUCCAAACCCACAUCAUCUCUUACUCCUACUGUGCCUACAUGGCUGUGGUACAGAUAGCCUGUGGGGACAUCUCCAACCACAUUGUCUAUGGCCUCAUGGUUAUUGUAACAUCUGUGGGAUUUGAUUUGCUUUUUAUCAUUCUGUCCUAUGGGCUGAUCCUUCAUGCUGUCUUUCGGAUCCCCUCUUGGGAGGCAGGGGGCAAAGCUCUCAGUACAUGUGGCUCCCAUCUUUGUGUCAUAGCUCUCUUUUAUUCUCCUGUUGUCUUCUCUGUCCUGGCCCAGAUUUUAGGCUACCAUAUGGCUCCCUAUAUCCAGAUUAUCAUUGACAACCUCUACUUCCUAGUGCCUCCCAUGGCCAACCCCUUGAUUUAUGGAGCCCGGACUAAGCAAAUGCGGGAGCGGGUACUACGGAUCCUCCGCUGUCAUAGAAACUGAGGAUGAUAUCUGAGGUGGACAGGAUACCUGUGAUAUGGAGCUGGAAAUCUUGUUAGGUUGAAGGUAGAGAUAAUGGC